AUGCAAGGUGUUUCAGAUUUGACCAACUUAAAAUAUUUAUACGACAAGGUAUCCCUUGGGAAAAUAAUUAAUCGUAAUUUAAAAGAGCUAAUUAAGAACCCUGAUUUUUCCUUUGAUGAUGAAAUAAAUAAUAUGAAUAAUAUUAGAAAUAGUAUAUUAACAGAACAAUAUAAAGGUUUAAAUAUGAACUUGUUAAAUUUAUAUAAAGAAUAUUUAUUUUAUUUUGAAACAUUUAAACGUAAGAAAUUGUUAAAAGACAAGAAGAAGAUAUAUACAAAUGAUAUAUUUGAAAAGAAUAAAAAAAUCGAAUAUGAAUUAGAAGAAGAGAAUGUAAUUAUUUUAUAUAAUAUAGGUUUUAUAACUUCAUAUAUGGUUAAAGAAAAGAAAUCUUUGAAUGAUAUAAAAUUAUUAAAUAAAAUCUCUACAGAAGUUAUAGAAAUUUUUAAUUAUAUGUUUCAACAAAUGAAUGAAUUAAAAUUACAAGAAUUAAGUGAUAUUAAUUGUAUAAGUUGUUAUAUAUUUUUAUGUAUAACUUUAGCUCAUCAUGAAAAUAUGUUUUAUAAUACUGCAAUGAUGAAAAAAUAUAAAAGAAAGUUACUAGCCAAAUUAUCAUAUAAUAUUUAUACAUAUUUUAAUGAAGCCUUAUGUUGUUUACAAGGAGAUAUGCUACCAAUAUUUAAACAGUCAGAUAAUUUUACAAUAGCAAGAAAUAAUUUACAAUAUAUCAGAAAUCCCAAUAGCUUUUUGUAUAAUUUUGUUCAGGUAAAUAAGCAAAUAUUUAUUAGUAUUAGUAAUUAUCAUUACUCAUUAAAAUAUGUACAAUUAAGUGAUAUGGAAGAAUUGAAAGUUACUAAAUAUGAAGAAGACAAAAUAGGUGAAAUAUUAUGUCGACUUAAUUUUAGUUUAAUUAAUGUUAAUAGAGGUAUAGAAUUAUGUAAAAAAUAUAACAUAAAUAUAAAUUUCAUAUCAUUAAAAGAAAAGAUUAUGAAGCUUUUAGAUUUUUUUGAAUAUGAAAAUAAAAAUAUUUAUUUUGAAGUAGUACCUGAUUAUGAUAAUUUAGAACGCAUUAAAGGGACACAAGUUACUUUUAUGAAAAAUAUAGAAUUGUGUGAUAUAUAUAUAAAGAAAAAUAUAUCUAAUAAUUUAAAAUUAUUAUUUAAUGAAAAAGCAAAAUAUAUAUAUAAUACAUAUAAUAAUCAAUCCGUACCAUUAUAUGAAUAUUAUAAUAAACAUUUUUUAAAUUUAAAAGAUCAAUAUGAAUUAUUAAAUAUAACCCAUAGAAAAGAUAUUCUUCUUCUUUUAAAUAAUUCUAUUUUAAAUAUAUUUUCAAAAAAAAAACAAAUAUAUAAUCCUAUACAAUAUGAUAAUCAUCUUACAUUUCUUUCCAAUGUUGAAAAUAAUUUAAAAGAUAUAUUAAUGGAAGCAGACAAUUAUUUAACAAUAGAACAUAACAAUCAUUUAGAAUUCCAAAAAAUUUAUUUAAAUGUAACUAUUAAUCAAGAGUCUGUUAACUCAUAUAAUAAUUUCUUAUUUCAUUUAAAUACAUUCAAAACAUUAUUACAUGAAUUAUCACAAAAUAUAAUUACAUUCAAAACAUAUCUUGAAAAAAAUCAUGAAAAGUUAAAAAUAUGUGAAAUGGAUAUUACUAAUUUCUUUGAACAUAUUAUUAAUCAAUUAAAUAUUUCUUCUAAUAUACAUAUUGAUAAUUUAGAUGAAGAUUAUAAUCAUUAUAAAAAUCUUCUCAGCGAAGAAAACGAUCAAGAUGUAUCUUCUGUAAAUAGUAUUAGUGAUAUUGAACCUAUAUCUUCUGUAAUGUCUUUAAAUUAUUCAGACUUUUAUAACUUUUUAAAAUCAAAAAAAUUAUUGUUCUCUGUUCAGAAAUGGGAAAAUAAUCAAUAUCUAUUUCAUUAUAAUACAUUGAGAAAAUAUAUUAAUCUUCAUUUAGAAGAGAGAUUAUUUUUUGUCCUUACUUCUUUGUAUUUUUCCAUGAACAUACAGCUAACCAACUUUUCCAAUGACUUAACUUUUAUUAAAAAUGGUUUACAUGAUCAAUUUUUGAAUUCAAUAACGGAAGAAAAAGAUAACGAAAGGUUAAAUGAUCUGUUGGAAAAACAAAAAGAAUUAUUAAAUGCGAAAAAAAUAAAAUUAGAAGAAAGAAUUACAUUAUUUGAAAAGGAUUUAAAUCAGUUUUAUAAUUAUUAUCAUGAAUAUAAUAAACUAGAAUCAUUUAAAGCUGUAGAAGAUUUUAGUGCUUUUAUGAAUGAGCUUAUGGAAAUAUGUUCAAGCUUAAAUACUACAUAUAAGAAACAUGAAUAUACAUUAAAAAAUGCUAUAAUGUUUAAAGAUGACAUUAAUAGAUAUAUAUACAUGAGAGAAAGUGAAAGAUCCAAAAUAAGGAUACAACAAAUACCAAAUAAUUAUUCAAGAAAUUUACAAAAUAGCACUGAACGGUAUUAUUGA